AGUGUUUUGACUCUAUACUGGAGUGGAGAUGAACAGGGAAUCUAGGCUAAAGUUUGAUGCCAUUUGUGUCAUCACUCUAGAAUCUAGGGAUUUACUUUGUAUAUAAGGAAGCUUAUAAGGUAGCUUUCUGUAGGUUGUUACAGGGCCAACUGCUAUGGGUUACAAAUAAGCCAAACUUUUGAUUAAAUGUUUUUCAAUUUUUGAAAUUCUUGUUUGCCUCUUUCUUGUUCAAAGUAUUUUUCUUGCAUUCUUUAAAAGACUUUGAUGGAAUGUUAUCUUUUUGUCAGACAAUUGCCACAUUCUUUAGCCAAGUCAUGGCUGCCAUUGGAGGAAAAUCUGUUGGUUCAAGUAUGUGUAAUCAUAGUCUCACUUUCACUAGGUUCAACAUGCAACUUAAUGUAUUACAUGAUUCAGGAUCUCAUGGGUUUUAUCUGAGAGCAAUGUGUUUUCUAGUAUUUGAACUUGCAGGUGAUGGAGUGAUGAAAAAGCUAUAUGGAGUGAUGAAGGAACUACAUACAUUGAAGGAGAGAGAACCUAAAGUGGUUAUCAAAUCUGCUGCAAGUAAUUUGGGGUGUCUAGAUUUUGAUGGUUUCCUAGACGGUGACGAGAUGCACUCAAGUGAUGAUGUGAAUGAAGCAAAAAGAGAAAGGGAAGAGGGCCAACAAUGUACUACUUGUAAUAUUUGAAUUUGUGAUUUUUUAUGUAGUUAUUAUAUUGUAGUAAAUAUGGAAUUUUGUUGGUUAUUCUGUACUAAAAUGUAUAAAUACAGAUAUAUAAAUAUAUUUGUUAAAUAGUUUUA